AUGACCAACACAACGAGAUCACCACGAUGGGUUUCUUCAGACCAUUGCCUCUACAUCACUUCCGAGAAUGCAUAUAAUAAUUACAGUAACUCAUCAACAAAUAUUCUCAGCUUUGAGUCUUCGGAAUCUGUGGUUACUGAGAAGAAUGGAAAGCAUCAAUCAAACGAUGUGAAGAUAAACAAGGAUUUCUUCCUCCGCAAGAAACAUCCCCUGUUUCGCCUCCUUGGCCUUAUCAAUACCCUGCUAACCUUAGUUUCUACCACAUCCCCGUGUACUGGGGCUGCACGGUACCCGUUUGGUAUACCCUAG